AUGUUCUCACCUAAACGUGAUUGUCGAGCUUCUGCUCUUAAGUCCCGCCUUUCUACCAUCAAGAGUGCCAUGCACCACGCACUCAACCCCUACAGCCACGCACGCAACACCUACAGCCACGCACUCAACCCCUACAGCCACGCACGCAACACCUACAGCCACACACUCAACACCUACAGCCACGCACUCAUCACCUACAGCCACGCACUCAACACCUACAGCCACGCACUCAACCCCUACAGCCACGCACUCAACCCCUACAGCCACGCACUCAUCACCUACAGCCACGCACUCAACACCUACAGCCACGCACUCAACACCUACAGCCACGCACUCAACACCUACAGCCACGCACUCAACACCUACAGCCACGCACUCAACACCUACAGCCACGCACGCAACAUCUAUAGCCACGCACUCAACACCUACAGCCACGCACUCAACCCCUACAGCCACGCACUCAACACCUACAGCCACGCACUCAACCCCUACAGCCACGCACGCAACACCUAUAGCCACACACGCAACAUCUACAGCUACGCUCUCAACCCCUACAGCCACGCACUCAACCUCUACAGCCACGCACUCAACCCCUACAGCCACGCACUCAACCCCUACAGCCACGCACUCAACCCCUACAGCCACGCACUCAACCCCUACAGCCACGCACUCAACACCUACAGCCACGCACUCAACCCCUACAGCCACGCACUCAACACCUACAGCCACGCACUCAACACCUACAGCCACGCACUCAACCCCUACAGCCACGCACUCACGCACUCAACACCUACAGCCACGCACUCAACCCCUACAGCCACGCACUCAACCCCUACAGCCACGCACUCAACACCUACAGCCACGCACUCAACCCCUACAGCCACGCACUCAACACCUCCAACCAGGCACUCCUCAUCACCGCACUUGUCACACACCACUUGCCACACCAACUUUGCAGAAUACUCCUGUAACGCACCAGUUACAGGCCUUGUCAAACAAGAUGAGCGUCCUUGGUUAAGCUUGGCAUGUGUCAUACAAUAUUCAGAGAGCACCGAGGACUCUCAGAAAAGUCCUCGCAGUGUUACGCCCUCUGUUAUAUAUGUUAUCAUUGUAUACAUCACAUCACUACAAAAUUUGAAUCAAUGGGAAUACAACUCACCCUGUGAGAGCGGCGGGCCCGGGUUCCCCAGCUCUUACUCCUGCUUUGUGUCAGGUUUCCGCUCUUCAGUUACUCCAGCUCACAGCGUUUUUGUCUCAGUGGUGUCAACACUUGUGGCAGCAGUGGUGUCAACACAUGGUGGCAGUGACAACAGUGGUGUCAACACUUGUGGCAGCAGUGACAACACUUGUGGCAGCAGUGGUGUCAACACUUGUGGCAGCAGUGGUGUCAACACUUGUGGCAGCAGUGGUGUCAACACUUGUGGCAGUCAACAGUGGCAGCAGAGUGUCAACACUUGUGGCAGCAGUGGUGUCAACACUUGUGGCAGUAGUGGUGUCAACACUUGUGGCAGCAGUGGUGUCAACACUUGUGGCAGCAGUAGUGUCAACACUUGUGGCAGCAGUGGUGUCAACACUUGUGGCAGCAGUGGUGUCAACACUUGUGGCAGCAGUGGUGUCAACACUUGUGGCAGCAGUAGUGUCAACACUUGUGGCAGCAGUGGUGUCAACACUUGUGGCAGCAGUGGUGUCAACACUUGUGGCAGCAGUGGUGUCAACACUUGUGGCAGCAGUGGUGACAAGCGAGGGUGGGGGUCGCUACACGGUACCAGCUGA